AUGGCCGAACUCGAACGCCUCCCUCCCUCCACAACCGCGUACGUGAUUGCAACCGCCAUCCUCGCCGGCGUGACAGGCUACUUCGUCGGGCAAGGGUCCUCGCUCCGACUCUUCUCGGGUGAAAAAGAAGGAUGGCCGAAUAGCUACAAUGUGAAGGUUCAUAAGGAUUCGUCGGAUGAAGACUACGAGGACAACGAAGAAGAAGAUGAAGAGGAUAGUGAGGAAGAAGAGCAGGGCGAAUUGGGCAAUUUCGGCGACGAGGAAGAGGUUAAGCUGGUUCUUGUUGUCCGGACGGAUUUGGGUAUGACCAAGGGUAAAAUCGCCGCCCAAUGUUCCCACGCAACCCUCGCCUGCUACAAAUACUUCCUCUCGCAUGCCCCUGAAUCCCCCAUCUUGCGCCGCUGGGAACGCGAAGGACAAGCCAAGAUUGCCUUACAGAUUAAAGGAGAGGAUGAGUUGCAGCUGCUCCAGGCGCAGGCGAUUAGCCUUGGUCUCUGUGCGCGUGUGAUCCAGGAUGCUGGACGGACGCAGAUUGCGAGUGGGAGUCGGACAGUGUUAGGUGUUCUGGGGCCGAAGAGUGUGGUUGAUAAUGUGACGGGGCAUUUGAAGUUGUUGUAA